CCACAGACCACACCAACCCCGCGAGAGGGCGUGUUCCCCCCAAUCUGCCGGCAGCGAUGUGCACCCUGGAGCAGCGCGGCCGCGUGUUCGUCCUCACCCUCACAGGCGACGGCGAGCACCGCCUGGGCCACGCCCUCAUCUCCUCCCUCCGCUCCGCCGUCGCCUCCGCCGCGGAGGCCGCGGCCCGGGCGGGGCCGGGGGCCGCGCUCGUCACCGUCGGCGAGGGCCGCUUCUUCUCCAACGGGCUCGACAUCGGGUGGGCGGGCACCUCCCGCGCGCGCCUCGGGGAGCUCGUCGACGCGCUCCGCCCGCUCGCCGCCGACCUCCUCGCGCUCCGCAUGCCCACCGUCGCCGCCGUCACGGGCCACGCCUCCGCCGGCGGGUUCCUCCUCGCGCUCUGCCACGACUACCGCCUCAUGCGCGCCGACCGCGGCGUGCUCUACAUGAGCGAGGUCGACAUCGGCCUGCCCCUCCCGCCCUACUUCAUGGCCGUGCUCCGCGCCAAGAUCACCGCCGCCAACGCGCUCCGCGACGUCGUGCUCCGGGGCAGGAAGCUCAGGGCCGCGGAGGGCAGGGAGAUGGGCGUCGUCGACGCCGUCUACCCCUCCGCGGCCGAGACGGCGGCCGAGGCCUUCAAGUUUGCCGAGCAGCUCGCGGCGAGGAAGUGGGACGGUGCCGUGUACGCGUCCAUAAGAAUGUCCAUGUACCCUGAGGCCUGCAGGUCAGUUGGAAUUGUAGAGGAGAGUGACGAGGUGAAGAGGAAGCACUUCGCUUCCAAGCUCUGAAGCCGUGAUUGUGAUUCGAGUGAGGGUUUCUGUGGUGGAGAUCCCUUCACGUUCUGUAUUGGUACGUCGGCUCAGCCAGCCAUUGACACUAUCGAUGAAUCAGACAAUAUGUACAUGUGCAAACCUUGUGAUUGUGAGUUGCUUGCUUGAAGGUGGGGACUAAAUUCAUGUUUCUCUCCCCACCUUGCUGGAAAAUUUUUAAUGUGCCUGCUAGACUCUAUAGAAUUCCAAUAAGAUCACCGAUAGGUGUUCAUAUGUUGUGGUCGAGCUCGCGUUAUUUCGUA